UCUGCACGAAAGAAAAAGAUGACAAAAAGUACGAAAAAGCAAGAUAAAAUUGUGGAUAUAUAAAUCGUGGUUGUGGAGCAUAAAGAGAUCACAUCAACGAACUCGAAGCCAAACUGAACUUGAAGAAGGAAUGAAAUAUGAGAGUCCAGACAGAAAAAGCGGAAACAAAUCCAAGAGGCGAUGUCCUCUACAUCUAUAUUUUCUCAUCUUCCAAACACCAAAUAUCCAUACGAUAUAAAAAUAAUAAAGUAAGAAAUAUAUAUAUAAAGAAGUUGAUUCACACACAUGGUGGCAUGUUGCUUCUUGUGCCACAUGGCAAUCGCCGUCGUCGACAUGAACUGCUCCUCCCCGGCCAGCGGAAGGUCAUCAUCUUCAUCAUCUGUGGCUUCCCAUUUUUGUUGCUCUAAGCCAUUUCAGUUCUCGGUUGGUAGUACCAAGCUCUACGGGUUCGAGUUGCAGAGGAAGAAGGACUUGUUGAAGAGGCGGCUUAAGUUCGUAGUCAGUGCGGAACUCUCUAGGCCAUUUUCCCUCAGUUUCAGUCUGGACUCUCAGACCUUCCAGUCUCAUGACCCGUCACAGGUGCCUUGGAUUGGUCCAGUUCCUGGGGAUAUUGCAGAGGUUGAGGCAUAUUGCAGAAUCUUUAGAACCGCUGAGCAGCUUCAUACUUCUGUAAUGGACACAUUGUGCAAUCCAUUGACUGGUGAAUGUAGCGUUUCAUAUGAUUUCACAUCUGAGGAAAAACCACUAUUGGAAGAUAAAAUUGUCUCUGUCCUUGGUUGCAUAGUGUCCCUCCUUAACAAAGGGAGAGAGGAUGUCCUUUCUGGAAGAUCCUCGAUUCGAAAGUCCUUUCGGUUCGAAGAUAUAAACUUAGUGGAGGAUAAUCUUCCUCCACUUGCCAUUUUCCGGCGUGAGAUGAAAAGGUGUUGUGAGAGUUUGCACAUUGCUCUUGAAAACUAUUUGAUGCCUGAUGAUGAUCGAAGCUUGGAUGUAUGGAGGAAACUUCAGAGACUGAAGAAUGUCUGCUAUGAUUCUGGCUUUGCCCGUGGGGAGAAUUAUCCACUCCAUACUCUCUUUGCGAAUUGGAGUCCUGUUUAUUUUUCCACUUCUAGAGAGGACAUAGGGUCCAAAGAUUCUAUAGUAGCUUUUUGGAGGGGUGGUCAGGUAACAGAAGAAGGUCUGAAGUGGCUAGUGAAGAAAGGAUACAAAACCAUUGUGGAUCUUAGAGCAGAGACUGUCAAGGACGAUUUUUAUAAAGCAGCCAUAGAUGAUGCUGUUUUGUCUGGGAAAAUUGAACUGGUUAAAAUUCCUGUUGAAGUUGGGACCGCGCCAUUAAUGGAGCAGGUAAAAAAUUUUGCAUCUUUAGUUUCAGAUUGCAGCAAAAAGCCCAUAUAUCUUCAUAGUAAGGAGGGAGUAUGGAGAACUUCUGCCAUGGUCUCCAGAUGGAGGCAGUACAUGACUCGCUGUUCACAGCAGUUAGUCUCUAGUCAAUCACAUGCUCCCAAUGUUUUGUUAUCAAGAGAUGCAGAUGGAAUGAGAAAAAUGCAGGAGUCUUGCAUUAUUGAAGAAAGUGUCCUCCUGGAAAAGGAGAGCGAGUUACUGCAAGAGUCUUUGGGUUCAAAUGGAGUACCCUAUGAAAAGGUCUCUCUAUACAAGGGUAAGAAAAUUCGAAGCAGUAAUGGGGCCCACAACAGCCUUGUUUCUGUCCAAGCUAUGCCAUCAGUAGAAUUAGUUGAUAAUGGAGUAGGAUCUCUUGCAAACUUCAACAUGAAAAUGGAUCCUAUGAAGGCUCAGGUUCCUACUUGUGAUGUUUUCUGCAAAAAAGAAAUGUCCAGGUUUUUUAGGAGUAGAAAGAUCUCGCCUUCUACAUAUGUUUUUAAUCAUCAAUUGAAGAGGUUGGAAACAUUACCAGUUUCUAGAGAGGUGUAUAAUGGGACAAAAUUGAAAGAUGAUAUUGUUCGUACUGAUACUGUAAUGCGGCCUCUGGAGUCUGGAAGUUCGAAUGGAUCACUCAAUGGAAGAAAUCUAUCGCCAGAGCCCCAUAAAUCAUCUGCUGACAAUGGGAAGCAUUUGACUGGCAAUAGUUUGGUUUCAGUUGUGAAUGGACUGGACCAAGUGGAAAGGUCUUCUGUAAUGACCGAAACUAAUAUCUCUACCACUGUGACAAAUGACUUCAAUGAGCAUCUAAGAUCCACAUCUAUAUUGGAGGAUCGUUUGAGCAAUGGUGGAGCUGCCUUAGUUUCAGCCAAUGGUGAUCUGGGGCCAAUUGAAGGUAAUAUGUGUGCUUCUACAACUGGGGUUGUAAGAGUGCAGUCAAGAAAGAAAGCGGAGAUGUUUUUAGUUCGAACAGAUGGAUACUCUUGUACCAGAGAAAAGGUGACGGAAUCCUCCUUGGCCUUCACUCAUCCUAGUACCCAGCAGCAGAUGCUUAUGUGGAAAUCGACACCAAAGACUGUAUUGUUGUUGAAGAAACUGGGGCAAGAGCUCAUGGAAGAAGCUAAAAAGGUUGCCUCUUACUUAUAUUACCAAGAGCAAAUGAAUGUUCUUGUGGAACCUGAUGUGCAUGACAUAUUUGCUAGAAUUCCAGGGUUUGGAUUUGUUCAGACCUUUUAUAGUCAGGACACCAGCGAUCUACAUGAGAGGGUUGAUUUUGUGGCAUGCUUGGGUGGAGAUGGGGUUAUACUCCAUGCAUCAAAUCUAUUUAGAGGUGCUGUUCCUCCUGUUGUAUCAUUUAAUCUUGGAUCUCUUGGAUUUCUGACUUCCCAUACUUUUGAAGACUAUAAGCAGGACUUAGGACAAGUCAUCCACGGAAAUAACACGCUAGAUGGUGUCUAUAUAACUCUUAGAAUGCGUCUUCGAUGUGAAAUUUUUCAAAAGGGUAAAGCAGUGCCUGGGAAAGUAUUUGAUGUUCUUAAUGAGGUCGUUGUUGAUCGGGGUUCUAAUCCAUAUCUCUCAAAAAUUGAAUGCUAUGAGCAUGACCGACUCAUAACCAAGGUACAAGGUGAUGGAGUUAUUGUAGCUACGCCUACAGGAAGUACUGCUUACUCUACUGCUGCAGGAGGUUCCAUGGUGCAUCCAAAUGUCCCUUGCAUGCUGUUUACACCAAUCUGCCCGCACUCCCUCUCAUUUAGGCCAGUUAUACUUCCAGAUUCUGCAAGGCUGGAAUUGAAGAUACCAGAGGAUGCUAGAAGCAAUGCAUGGGUUUCGCUUGAUGGGAAGAGAAGGCAGCAACUAUCAAGGGGAGAUUCAGUGCGAAUAUAUAUGAGCCAGCACCCACUUCCAACAGUAAAUAAGUCUGACCAGACAUGUGAUUGGUUUCGCAGUUUGAUUCGCUGCCUAAAUUGGAAUGAGAGACUAGAUCAAAAAGCCCUUUGAAGCCUCUGAAAUUGCAAAGAAACCUAUUCUCUUUUCCACACCAGAUUGAGGUUCAUGUAAAUUUACUGUAUAUUACUAUAUAGUACAAAGUAUAUAAUAUAAUACAGAAAAUAUGACGUUAGAAAUAGUAAAUACCAUCGGUUCCCACAUUGCCUCCCACAUGAAGGAAGGCUACUCAAUUUUCCUCCGACUUUCUUCUGUUCUAUAUGACAAGAUGUAAUUAUAUAUAUACCGUUCACUCUUGCACAGAAAUAAAGAUUUUCUUAUAAACUCA